UAUUUUUAUAGUUAUCUGACCGCAAAUUAAAAAAAUCAUAAAACUUUGAUUAUUUGUGCAGAAACAUUCCAAUAUUACAAGUUUAACACUUUCUCAGUGAAUAUACAAGACAUCGACAAUUAUCGGAAAAUAAUAUGGAAAAUUAUUUCAAUAUUACUGAUGUUACAAGUUUUUGGGCCCAUAGUCAGGUUCAACUAUACGAGGCCUUUAUAAAUCGUGAUAUUUUUAAAUUUCGUAACGCCUUAAAACAAGGUGCAAAUCCUUUAGCAACAACAUCUACUGAUCAAAAUUUGUGUGUCUUGUUUAGGGCUUUGCGAACGUCUGGUUGUUCGUUAUUUGUAGAGGCCUGCAUGCGUUGCUCGCAUAAACCAACAAAUCUAACCGAUUUUUAUAAAAAAGCUAUAAAUUUUGCAAGCGCUUCGGAAGAUUGUGAACUUUUAUUAACGCUUUAUCGCUCAAGUGAUGUUAAAAUUAGACGUAAAUAUUUUACUCUAUUUGCCCUUAACAGCUUGGUUAAGAAACUUAAUAAUCAAAAUGUCUCGCAUAUACAAAAAUCUAUACGUACGGUCUUGAAUUGGGGCAUUUCACAGAAUGUACCCGAUCAGGAGGAAAUGACACCUUUACAUUAUGUAGUGAUAAAUACUAAUCUUAAUGAAGACAUACGACGUCAAAUUGUUACAAUGUUUUUGUCUCAAAGUAACAUCGAUAUUGAUACCUUUCGUGGGGGUGAGUUGAGAACAAUAUUAGAAAUGAAAUAUCCCGAUUUGUUAAUGCCCCAGAAGAUAACAACUGUACAAUCUCUAAAGAAUCGUUUAAUAGCGGGAAAUUUAGAUUUAUUUGUACAACAGUAUACGAAUAAUCUUAAUUGUAUUAACGAGAAUGAAAAAUGGGAAUUGUUAUUGGAAUCCAUAAUACGAGAAGCCCACAAAGCCCUUGUGGUAAUCUUAUCCAGUGGUGUAAACUACAAUAAGGAAGCAGAUUUUUUAAACGCUCAUAUUCACAGUAAUACUGCUAAUAGUGGUACAUUGUCUGAAAAUUACGAAAUUCCUAUGACAAAUUUUACGGCCUUUCAGGUGGCCUGUAAAUCGGGCAAUACUUAUGCCUUGGAAAAGCUUUUACAAAUGCCCGAUAUAAGAAUUGAUGACAAUACUCUACAGCAAUUUAUACCAUUAAUGAUAUAUCAUGUUAAAUUUUCAGUUUCUCUAUAUCAGAACUAUUGGGAUUGUUUUCAAUUGUUAUUAGAUUCUGGUAAGAUCGAUAUCAAUUCUAUAGAUCAACACAAACGUACCGCUCUUCAUUAUGCCAUAGAAUAUCAAAAGGAUGAAUUGAUAAGAAUACUUUUGAAAAAAGGUGCUUAUAUUAAUGUGGGUAAGGGUGAACAUGAGCUACCCCUAAAUAGUCUACAACCCUUAUUAUUGGAACAACAUUUGGAUGAUUGUAUAACCUCGAAUAAUCUUAAUUUGGGUGAAAAAGCUUAUGAAAUUAAAAUAAGUUUUAAGAAUUUUAUAACUUCCCAGCAAAGAAGUGAAAAGAAAUUGAAAGAAGUUUUAACGCCCAUCCAAUGUAUGGUCAAGUCGAAAGAACAUUGCUAUCUGUUGCAACAUCCAGUUAUAUCUAGUAUUUUACAUCUUAAAUGGCAAAAAGUCUCUCAGAUAUUCUAUAUAAACUUUCUACUCAGUCUGUUCUUUAUCGCCUCCAUUAUAGCUUAUAUAGUGUUGAACUUUAGUGAGACAAAGCAUGGAACUGCUUUAAAUAUAUCCUAUAUCUGUAGCUGUUUAGGCAUUACUUAUUUGCUUCUAAGGGAAUGUUUACAAUUUAUAUUAGCUCCCUUUAAGUAUUUGAAAUCGUUUACCAAUUAUUUGGAAAUAUUGUUAAUAAUAUUCUCCAUAUUAGUUUGUUACUAUAACAAUCGGGACUUGGAGGUGGCUUGUAUUUUACUCUUAGCUUUUGAGUUACUCUCAUUGGUGGGUUCUCUACCCAUCGAUUCCAUUUCGACUCACAUGCUAAUGCUUAAAACAGUAUCGAAAAGUUUUGCCAAAUGUUUUCUCUUUUACUCCAUUUUCUUAUUCACUUUUACUUUGUGUUUCUAUAUUAAAAGUGAUGAAGCCUCUAAGGAGAAAAAAUCUGUCAAUAGAUUCUCUGAUCCUUUGUUGGCCUUCUUCAAAACGAUUGUCAUGUUUAUUGGUGAAAUUGAUGCCGAAGAUUUAAAUCUCAAUUCGGGCUUUAAUUGUUUACUUUUCCUAUCGUUCAUUUUCUUUAUGACCAUUAUUUUGUUUAAUCUUCUUAAUGGUCUGGCGGUAAGUGAUACCCAAGCCAUUCGUAAUCAAGCCGAAUUGAAUGGUGUUAUUUGCCGCAGCAACUUGUUGUUGGGUCUUGAAAAUGUCUACAUCAAAUGGUCUGAAUUCAUUUGCUGUUUGUAUAAUCCUUUUGAUUUCGUCCCCAACUACACCACCGAUAUUGAGGUCAUCUUUCGUCCCAAUGAUAAAAAUAAAAUUAUCAGUCAUAAAACUAUUUCGUCUUCUUUCAAUAACUGGUCUCACUAUCUCUCCAAUAGAUGCCCUACCAUGGAUAAGCAUACGUCUGUACGAGCUUUGGCCAUUUUAAAGAGAAAAUCUGCUAAGAAUGAAAAAGUCAUUAGGGAUGAGAAACUUAAUUUAAUUUUAAAAAAAUUGUCAUUUAAAAAUUAAAAACUUUAUAAUCAUAUAAUUUUGUUAAAAUAAA